GACGCCGAGGGAAGCGCCUGUCGGGAUAAUCGAACAGGUCGCCGGUAAACUAAGUAAGCGGUUAGCUGUGAGCUGGUACUGCUCGGGUUUUUGGCAGCGUCUGCUGUGUUGUCCGGCCUAGGGCGGGAUCGCGGAGCAUUUCCCUUCCUUCCCUACUCCCCCUUCUCGUGAGGCGGAUGUUGGGCCUAGUGAUUGUCAGUGAUAGGCACGCACAAUCACAGUAUGUUACAGAGCAUCGGUCUGACCCUGCUGGUCUUGGUCGCCACUCUCCUCUGUGUCCUACUCUUCAUGUUGUUCGGUUGGUAUGUGGUUUGGCAGCUGUUCCUGUCCAAGUUCAAGUUCCUUCGUGAACUCGUAGGUGAUACCAGCUCACUCCAGGGAGACAGUGACCCAUCAGAGAAUGUAAGCAUAGGAGAAUCAUCACCUACACCUCCAGGGCAUAGACCUAAAUCAGCACGUCUACGGAGACCACCAGUUGAAGGCAGCACAUAGAAAACCAAACCACCGCAUUGUUCCACUCAUUUGGAAUUACUCACUUGGCAUUUAAGCACGACUUCAGUCUGUGAUUGACAUGCUGUGCUUUAUUUGAUUGGUUGACUUGCUAAAAAUACAAUUUCUCAUAUAUGGAGAACUUUACAUAUGUUUGGGUCACAUUGAAAUAAUAAUGCUUAUUUUAAUUUGUCAACAUAAGGUUAUCUAUUUCUCUCCCAUUGCUGAAUGAAUCAAUUUACAAUUAAUUUGUAGGUCACUCAGUCAAUUUGACUACAUGGGUCAAAUUGUGCUACCAACUAACACUAAUUUUACUGGAUAGAUUUCACUUUCUGAAUUACUGAGCUAAAUUCUAAAAAAAAAAGUUUGUUGUGAAAUAGUAUUUUUAAAAAUGUUAAUAUCAUUUGAACUUUGCUUUAGGUUCUAUUUAAAAAAAACACUUCUCAUGUAAUUAUGAAGACCACAUUGAGCAUGUUUACAUAAUGGUUAUUCCAUUUGCUGCUGCAUCUUGCUUAUUUUAAUGUCAGUUGAAACAACCUAACUUGCUUUCAUUGGAAUUAGUAAGAACAUAAGACCUACCUAAGCUAGUAUUUUCUUUAUAAACAAAACAAGGUUACUAUUGGCAAUCAGGAGAGAGAUAUGGAAUUUUAGUUUUCCUAACAGUUGACCGAAAACUAGAAAUGGGCCUGGCCUGCUAAAAGAGUGUUAAAGGGAUGUACACCAACAACUAUUUCAAUUGUGUGCCACCUGUGUCUGGGUUCGGUAGCACUUAGCUUGAUGCCCAAGGCCUCCAGUCUACUGUUUGUUCGAUGGACACUUACUGUCACCUAGUGCAAAACAGUGAAGAAAAAUGAUGAUAACAAAAGAUCAGAGCCCCUGUGAGGUGGAAAAUAGGCUCUUCCAAAUGUGCCUGAUGAAACAUAACCUCUGAAAUACAUGAUUUAAUUUCCUGGGCAAGACUCCAAAGGAUUAAUUUAGAGGGAGUGAUGUAAUCCUCUGCACGACUGACCAGGAAAUUGUAUCAAGCAUACAAGGCUGUAGCAUCACUGGAAUUCCCAGAUCAAAUUUCCAGAAUUGCAUUAUUUGACACAGAAUUGGCUACAGUCACGCUCCAUUCUGAAAUGAAAUUAUUUUCAUCCACUUCGAACUGCAGAAUUUCUAGGCCAUAGUUUAUUGUUAGUAUCCUUUUUGGUUUAAUUGACUAUGAUUACUUUGUGGAGUUCAAAAACUUUGAUUUGUUCAUCCAUUUUGACAAAAUUUGCCUUGCAUUUUCUCAGCUUGUAAAUGCCUUGAAAAUAUAUAAAUUAUAUAGAAUUAAAUAAUAAUUCAGUGUACAGUUUGAGGCAUACCUAUUUAGUAAUUGUUUUGAUUGAACAUUGUAGUAGGUGAGGGGGAUUGUCCUUUAGCAUCUGUGGAUCUAGGCCCAGUUUACAGACAGAUGUCUAGAGUGACAAUCACUUUGUCAAAUUUUGUCAAACAGCUGGACUUAAAGGUGUGGAAAAUGAAAAAAAAAUUGUACUGUAAAAUGACUUUUACAUUGAGUUAAAGGUGUAUCAUUGAAGUAGAGAAGCAGUUCUCUUCAAUAACUGAUUUUGAAAUGUUUAAUAUUACUUCAAGCUGUCAAUAAAUCCAUUCCACAGGAUUGAUUUUUCCUUUAGUUAUGAAUGGAGGAACUUGUAUUCCUCCCUCUCUGCUUCUUUCCCCCAUCUCUUUAAUUAAAAUAAUAAUUCCUGUCUUGUCAGUGUUUCGAAAAAAAAAACAAACAAAAUGAUGUAAACUAGGUCAAGGUGGGAAGUGAGGGAGAGAUAGAGGCAAUUAAUUUCAGACUGAAGAUAAGAUAGGUUUCCCCAUCAAUUUUGCAGUAUUCAUUCAAGGUUGUCAAGGCUUUUUGUGGCAAGACUGUAUAGAGAAUUCAUUCAUAGCCUAUCACCCCAACUGGGGCAUAGGCCAUCAACAGCAGUUUGCCAAAGUUAGCUGUCCUGAGCCAGUCUUUCAACUUGUCCCCAUCUUCUUAGUGUAUCUUUCCUCUCCCAGGGAUAUGUCUUUGGAACUUCUGUUGAUAUUUCUGUAGCACGGGGUUUUUACGGGAUGAGGUUGCUUAUCCCAUCCCCAAUCCUCCUUUUCAGGGCUAGGCUUGGGACCAUCCUCGGUGGAGUUAUAUAUUGGAUGGUGCUGGUUUUUGUUUUGCAUAUACCUCUGAAGGAUCACGGCAGGAAACUUUUUUUAUUUUCUAAAUGAACUAUAGAGAAAUAGGCUUGUUUUAUUUGAAAUUUUAACUUUUACAUGAAGUGUAUUGAUAUUGGGUAUCUCAGAUGUAGACAAAACAUGUACAGAGACUUUAUGAUAAAAAGCAGGAUUUAAAAAUGUAUAUUAAUGAUCACAUGAACAUUAUACAAAAAAAGUUACCCUAAUGUUACUUGCCUCACCUGUCUUAAACCUCUUCGGCGUUGACAUAAUAAAUCACUCCAUACUUCUGGCUCUUUACUAUGCCACUGUUGUAUCAUGGUGCCUUUGCUAUUUUUCUGGCAAAGCUAGUACUUUAAUACUUGUGGAUCUCACUCCAUCAGCUAUCCUCUACGGCCGGCAUUCCCAACUUUUUUUUUAUGCCAUUGUCCCCUACCAUUAACCAAGGGGUCCUGGACCCCAGUUUUGGAACCUCUGCUCUAGGGUACAGAUUGCACAGCCAUUCAAAUUUUCUUGCCUGUGAUUCUUUGCCCCUCUGCCCCAAUUUCUGCAUUUUCCAUGGUUUGGCUAAAGCUCAGUUCUCUCUCUUUUAAUGUGGAUGGGGCUCCUUGGUAACAUUAGCACAGGAUCAGAGGAGACACAGGAGACUGCAGAUGCUGGAAUCUGGAGGAAGUCUGCUGGAAGAACUCAACAGGUCAAGCAUUGCCUGUGGGAGGAAAGGAAUUAUUGAUAUUUUGGGUUGAAACGUGUAUGAUGCAGUGUUUCGCCCCAACCUGUCAAUGAUUUAUUUCCUCCCAUAUAUGCUGCUUGAUCCUCUGAGUUCUUCCGGCAGAUUGUUUGUUAGCACAAGAGCAAUUCCCAGAAAUGUAGGUCACCCAUCUUUGCCCUUCUCCUGUCUACCCUCCUUAACCCCGUAGAUGCUACCAUUCUGUUUGAAGGAAAACCUAAUUUUCUCCAUUUCAACAGUGUAUCAUGGAGACUUUAAACAAAAUAUUUCAUAAGUCUGAUUUUUUUUUUCCUUUAGUGAGUCAACAACAAUGGUUGCCUAUUUGAAGUAAUAACCAACAGAAGAGAGGCUGUAGAGAAACUUAUUGUUGUGGAAGGGCUCUGCAGUACUGUUUUAGCACAGAAUUGUUGAGGUGGAGAAAUCAAAUGAGUAGCUGAAAUAAUAUAAUAAACAGAUCAUGGCAGAAGGAGUACUUUUUGUAUUGCUGUGAUACAGAGCCAGCAAAGAGCAUGGAUGAUUUCAUUUUGUGUUUGAAAUUUUAACAAAAAUUGCUUAUUUUUUUCACAAAUUGUCUUCAUCUACCAGAUCAGUUGGCUAAUUUUAUUACCUUUUGGUUUGAGUAGCAUUACCAGAAUCCAUUUUGAAGAUUUUGUCAUCAUUCAGCUUGAUCCCAGUAACUUGUUCUAAAACGAAUUUCCAUCUUUUACAAAAUUUUUCAGUUCUUGAAUUUAUAAUACUUUCAUCCUCCACCCAUGAUUCAUUGACUUUAAAAUUAGCUCUACUCAUCCAUACCUCGAUAGUCUUGAGAAUAUUUACAAUCCAUACUCUUCUGACUCCAUGUGUGCGACCCAAUUUCACCCUUCCUUACUGCUCUACCACAGCCACCUGCCUCUGUUCUCCACAACUUGUGCCUAACAUCUUCUGUGUUACUGUGUCACUUCCCACAUUCAGAACAAAUCUCCCUGAUUUUCCUUUCAAGCAUCUCCCUGUAUUUUGUUCAUUUGUUCUCACUGAGGUGCCUUUCAUUACUGGAAAGGCUCUACAAAAUUGAUUGAUGCAUUCAAAUAGGCAUACUACUUUUUGUUUCAGGAGAUACUUGAGCCAAUAUUUAUGGGAGCAGUGUUAGUGGCCAGAAAAAAAUACAAGUCGAGGGAUGCAAAGUUUCUGCUGGAUUUUAACACCAGAACCCCAUUAUUCCAAUCCUAUUUACUGCUCCUAUAGUCUUGUUGAUUGACAUUCUGUCUUUCCACUUUAGGAAAAUGCUGUACUAGGAAACUGAGCAGGAGAGGCUGUGGCUGGGGUAUUGUGGAUGGAGCACUAAAUUAGGAAUAGCGAGGGGAGAUGCUGGUGAGAGAGACCUGGGCCAGAUUGGGGGAGGGCCUGUGAUGAUGUCGGCGAAGGAGGAGACCACAAUUGUGCAGUGGAGUUGGGGAAGCCUUGCUAUUUCUGCAAUUUUGUAGCAAAUCCUUUACAUUUUUUGAGGCUAGAAGCUACUACAUGUCCUUCAUAGCUGGCUGAGAAGCCCAAGAAACAACAUAUGGCACCUAUUAAAUUUAAAUCUGGCUCUUCUAAUUUAAAUAUGUUAAUAGAAUAUCUACAAUGAUUUAAGAAUUUGGUCACUACUUUCAAAUUCCUAAUGCCAUUCUCUUGUCUGUCAUGAGGAUAUAUUAUCAAGGUUAAAUAUUUAGAAGGUGAAGAUCUGAUUAUCCCCAACCUUUAUUUGUAUUAUCAAAGAGGCUACCUCAAACCCUAUAAAUGGUAGGUGCUUGUGUUUUCGUGGAAGUAACUUUAGAAUAAAAACAUUUAUAAAUACAGAGUGAAAUGCAGCUUUGUAUUAAGUGACAAAUAUAAUGGUUUCAAUGCAAAAUUAGAUGUUUUAAAUUUGUUCUGGUUAUAUUUGAAUCUUAGUUUGAAUCCAUGUUACAUUUAAGUUAUUAGAAUGCAAGUUGGACUGUUUACUUGACUGAAGGAAUGCUUUCAUAGUUGUAUGGUCAUGUUCAUAUAGUAUUAUAGACAAAAGUCACUUAACAAAACUGAUGAGUGUUAAUAAUGUCCUUGGUAUGUUUUCUGUUUCUUAAACUGACUGCUGUAAUAGAAACAAUGAAAUAAAAUGAAAAAAUGUGUUUUUCUGA